AUGCAGUUUUCCACGUGGGAGCAGCAGCAGAAGGAGCGGAAGCAGCAGCAAGACGCGGCGGCGAGUGCGGCGCAGCGCGCGCUGAAGCAAGCGCAGGAGGAGCUGCUGUUCCCCAAGUACAACGCGCCGGGACACGCGGAGCCGCCGCACCCGCCGCAUCAGGCGCCGCCUCACCCGCCGUUCCAGGCGCCGCACCACGCGCCGCAACAGGCGCCGCUCCAGCAGCCCAGUCCGCCGAAAACCUCCGCGCCGGAGGCAAAACUGCUGGAGACGAAAUUGCCGCCCGGAGUACCGAUAUUCGGCAGUAGAGUGGAGCACUCAGGCAUUUCCAGCAACGGCGAUCAUGGCGGCAUGCCUUGGGGCAGGGAAAUUCGCAGGGGCUACGAGGAGUGCGGAAGCGUCGAGAGUGGUGCUGUUGGGUUUGGAGGCGGAGUGGCCCGGUCUGUGAGCCGAGACAGUGCUGAUGGGGGGGGGGCGUGGAGGAGGGAUGGCGGGAGGAGCAACACACCGCCGGUGGAGCAUGGCAUGUGGGGCAGGGAGCAAGGGAGGAGUGGCGGAGAGUGCGGUGGUGUGCGGUUGGGAGACGUGGGGAGGGGUGACAGGGAGUGCAGUGGGGCGUGGAGGAAUAACUGGGAGUGCGACAGCAUGGGGUGGGACCAUGGGGAGUCAUACAAUGUGGGCAGCAACGCGAGCAGCGUUGAUAACAGGGUUGCAAGUAGCAGCCAUGGCCAAUCUUCUUCUCACCAUCAUGCACGCGAUUCGGCAUAUCGUACACACAACGCCCAUCACUACUCUCCUCCUGUCAGCCACGUGUCACAUGGCUAUGCUGACUCAGCAGCCGGAGCAGCAGCAGCAGCCUUAAAACCGUCGCCACCUGGCAGCACGGUCGCAUUAUCCGGGGCAUCAGGCCACGUGGCACCAUCCCACGUGGCACCAUCCAACGUGGCAUCAGGCCACGUGGCAUCUAGUGGAGGCUGCAGGGUGUUCUCUCCGGAGCAGCUCAUCGCAGCAACCAAUGGCUUCCACUCCUCCAACCUGCUCGGCGCUGGUGCCUUCGGCCAGGUGUUCAAGGGCAACCUCUUGGGCUGUGACGUGGCAAUAAAGAAACUCCAGGGGAACGGGUGGCAGGGCGAGGAGGAGAACGGCACAGAGGGGCAACCUGCUGGGCUGAGACGUGGCGAUCAAGAAGCUUCAGGGCAGCGGGUGGCAGGGCGAGGAGGAGUAUUCAAGGGGAGUCUGUUAGGCUGCGAGGUGGCGAUCAAGCGGUUGGAGGGCAACGGGUGGCAGGGAGAGGAGGAGUAUGGCACAGAGGUGCACGUGCUGUCGCGCAUGCGCCAUCCUCACAUAGUGCUGCUCAUGGGCCACUGCCCCGCCAUCAACUGCCUCGUCUACGAGUUCCUUCCCGGAGGGGACCUUUCACACCACCUCUGCUCUGCUGCUGCGUCCCACCCUGCGUCUUCUGGUGGUGGCGCUGGUGCUUCUACUGUUGGUGGUGCCGCGGCGACCAGCGCUUUGUCUUCACUCUGCCGCCCGCUCUCCUGGCCGGAUCGGAUCCGAAUCUUAUCCGAGAUCUCCGGCGCGCUGCUCUACCUGCACCAGCACUCGCCCCCGAUCGCCCACCGCGACUUAAAGCCGCAGAACAUCCUCCUCGAUACAAGCCUCCGCGCUAAGCUUGCUGACGUGGGCUUGGCUCGCCUUAUCGACUGCGGAAACGGGGACGAAUACGGAGAAGGAGGAGGGGGGAAUGUGACGGCGAGAGUGAGGGGAACGGUGGGUUAUAUUGACCCGGAGGAGCUGGUUACGUGUGAGGUGUCGGUUCUAGGGGAUGUGUAUGCGUUGGGGGUGGUGAUGCUGCAGAUGCUGAUGGGGGACCCAGUGGUGAAGCAGACUGUGAAGGUGAUGCGAAUGGCGCAUGAUGUGUUGGAGAAGGGGCAGUGGAGCAGCAAUGAAACCAGCAGCAAUCACACUGGCAGCAGCAGCAACACCAGCACAGCAGCCAGCAGCAGCAUCAGCAGCAACAGCAGGGGCAACAGCGCCAGUAACAGAUGGACACGUCACCUGACCCCAAGCCUGCACAAGGCAGUGAAUGUGAUUAUAGGGAGGCUGGACGACUCAGGAGGGAAGUGGGAUCGUGGUGCGGCGGCUGAGGUGGCAGCGAUCGCAAUCUGCUGCACCAAUAGGAGGCGAGCGAGCCGACCGGACCUUGAAAGGGAGGUGCAUGAGGUGCUGAUGCAGCUGGCAGAGGAGAGUGCUGGGAGUGUGGAGAGGCAGCAAGAUGCGGCCGACAGUCACCUGCUCUGUCCCCUGUCUAAGUCAUUUCUUGAAAGGGAGGUGCAUGAGGUGCUGAUGCAGCUGGCAGAGGAGAGUGCUGGGAGUGUGGAGAGGCAGCAAGAUGCGGCCGACAGUCACCUGCUCUGUCCCCUGUCUAAGCUGGCAGAGAAGAGUGCUGGGAGUGUGGAGAGGCAGCAAGAUGCAGCCGACAGUCACCUGCUCUGUCCCCUGUCUAAGAUGCGCAUGAGGGAACCGGUGGUGGCAGCAGAUGGGUACACCUACGAGAGGAAGGAGAUUGAGAAAUGGAUGGAGACCAACAGCAGGUCUCCCAUCACAGGAGAGCCGUUUGAGCAUCCCAUGCUCACUCCCAACAAUGCGAUGAAUGUGAUAAUCCAAUAA